AUGACGGAGUGCUAUAGAAUGAAAAAUGGUUAUAAACAUAAUACAAAUUCUUCGGAAUUGUCAGUGGAAACGUCCUGUGAUAUGUCGGAUUCAUUCAACAUAUUUUCGGACAAUUUAAGCCCUAUACCGGCGUCAAUUGUCCCUCGGAAGUUAGAUUUUAGUGGUUUCGACGACGAGGAUGAGAUGAAAGACGCUUGCACGGCUCCAGUUUCCAUCAGUCCACCUUACAAGCGAGUUCGUGCUCUGCGGCUGUUUGACAGUCCUCAUACGCCGAAGACGCUUCUGGAGAAAUGUUCGACGCCAUCUCAUCCUCAAGCCAGAUCCAGACUCUUUCCGCCCAAACUUAACGCUCCUACAGGCAUGCCAUCUGGUUCUAGUCACCAUCUCCAUCCGCCAAAGCCUCCGAUGGAAGACGACAGUGCUUUGGGGUUGACGGAGGACUCGGACGACUCGCGCACUCGUCCAGUAGCUAACAUCAAUCCGUUCACACCUGACGGUCAAGCAUUGAAUAAGAAGAAAAGAGCAUUAUCCAAAACGCCAGGAUGGGAUUCCUCACCAGACCAGCCUGCCAAGAGACUUCGGGAAUCGAACAUAUCUCGCUACAACGUCGAGUUCAUCGAACUCGGGGUAAUCGGUAGGGGUGAGUUUGGUCGGGUGGCGAAAUGUGUAAACAAGCUUGACGGGUGCGUGUACGCGCUGAAGCGCUCGCUGAAGCCUGUGGCUGGGUCGGUGGCGGAGAGAGCAGCUUUGACCGAGGUCUAUGCGCACGCGGCGCUGGGAAAACAUCCACAUGUUGUCAGGUACUAUUCGGCGUGGGCGGAAGAUGACCACAUGAUCAUCCAGAACGAGUACUGCGAAGGCGGCUCGCUGCAGCAGGUCAUCGAAAAAGGACCCCUGCCCGAGAGUGAACUUUUAAUACUACUGGCACAUAUCUCUGAUGGACUAGCUUACAUUCACUCCCUGCACCUGGUCCACAUGGACGUGAAGCCGGGCAACAUCUUCAUCUCGCGGGGGGACACGCCGCUCCCCACUCACUCCGAUGAUGACGACGACGACGAACCGACGCCCACGCACAAGUAUAAGAUUG